CAUGUGACUUGCCAUACAGUAUCCAAAACCCCUGGUGCCGAGAGAGGAGAUGUGGGAAGGACACUAUGCUACAGUAGCGCACUGGAUUGCUGCUGUUCAGAGAGGAGCGGUCCAGACUCCACUGUGGUACCGGAUGAUGCAGAGACAGAUAGAGAGCGAGAGAGGUGCGCAGUAGCAGUUCUCAUUGGAGACGUUUUGCAGUCGCUUAGGAAUGUUUUCACGUUUUGCACUAAAGGAAGUUUUCUGAAACAGGAAAAACUGUGGCUAGUCCAACCUAUCCCCUAUGACUUGAUUGGGGAGAAGUGAGUGGAGUUAAGCCGUGGCUCUGCGCGGUGCGGUGUUGCGUUAAGGGUGACGUUCGGUGUGGAAGAGGCUGAAACGGUAUCAGGGUGAGAAGAGAUUAUCCGUGACAGCAAAUAGAAGAUCUCCAUUGGGCUCGAGCUCCUCUCUCUCUUUUCUGACAAACCAUCACUCACCGACCAACCGUCACCGUUUGAAGAUGCCCUGCGCUUCAUGAACGAACGAGUGUCCUCAGUUCCUCCAUUGUAUGCUGGCUAUACUGUAGCCUACCUGGCGACAAGGCUGCAUGUUUUGGAUAUUUGGAUAGGAUAAACAGCGUAGUCAUUUUUGGAUUGAAAUUACCAACGGAAAAUUAAUUCGUAAAUGAUGGACGAGCGAUGUCAAUAGUGGACAACUGAAGGGAUUGAUAGCCUACAACGCAUUAUAGCUCAAUAACAGCCUCUGGAACGCGCUCUCCAUAAAACCCGAUAGAACCCCGUUUAAGUCUAGGGUCCCUCCCAGCCUUUCCAGGUGUUGUGUGGUGGUCUAGAAUGUAGGGAUGAUCCCUGUGGGGCGACUGAAGGCUCAGCCACAGCUGUGGCAGAUAGAGAGAGAUGCCUCUCCAUGGCUGUGGAUGCUCCCUGGCCCUGGUUCUGCUGCUGCUGCCUCGGGGCUCUGCCGGCUGGGUGCCAAUACAGCCCCCGUUGCCGCGCCACACCAUCACCACCCCUUCCUGCUCUCCCAUCACCACCCUCCUCCGUUGCUCCAAGCCGUCUCCAGCUGGCAGCUGUCCUGUGAUCCCUUCCUGCCUCUGGCCAGGAUACCGACACACACAGCAGCUAACCCUGGCAUCAGUCAGUUUCCCCUGCAGAACGUGCAGUGGGAGCUGCCAUCUCCACACAACGUGCUGAGAUUUCAGCCUUCGGCCAACUUGGAGCUGGUCCCUGUGUUUCCCCAUCUGCACCGCUCAGUGCUGCCUCCUCACUGUGGCAAAGGAUGGGUGGAGAAACAGGUCCCCGACUACAAGGCAUACUUGAACAACACUCUAGCUCUGGAGAACACCUGGCUUACUCCGGAGGAAAUAGGAAUCUUCCAGCGGCACGAAAAACCAUUGUUGAUGACAAAUCAAAUGGCAAUGAGCAUAUCUAGGCCAGCUACUGCCUCCAGGAGUCUCAACUCUCUCCUCAUGUCACCCAGACCUGCUGCCUCCAGGAGUCUCAACUCUCUCCUCAUGUCACCCAGACCUGCUGCCUCCAGGAGUCUCAACUCUCUGCUCAUGUCACCCAGACGUAUAUCAGGUUGUCCUGUGGCUAUCAAGAGAGUGGGCAGGAGCAAGAGGAUCUCUCUGGCAGCUGCCGCCAUGACAGCCUUGGAAUCAGACCCCUCCAGACUCCAAGGGCCUUCGCCCUCCUCCUGCUCUCCCUCGUUCAUCCAUCCCCUCCGCCUGUUCCAACUGUCACCUAUCAAGAUCCCCUUUCGCCUGUCUCCGCCUGGCCCAGGAUCCAGUGCCACCUGGGAGGGCCUAAUGGGACCCAUGCUGCCAGCCCAGUUUGCCCGGAUGACAUCACUGUCAGCGCCAGGUGUUGCUCUCAUGACCGGAGACUGGAGACCCCACUCAACAUCAGAUAAGCGGUUGUCCAGGAGAAGAGCGUCAUGCGCUGCGACGUUGGUGCUGCAUACACUGCAGGAAACAACCCCGGAGAAACACACAGAGCAGGAGAUGGUAGAGGUCCCCAUGGAGGAAGAGGACGUUGACCCUAAAGACAAGCGUCCUGUAGCGUCCACCCCUGUUCCCGGAUCUCCAUGGUGUGUGGUGUGGACGGGGGACGACAGAGUAUUUUUCUUCAACCCAACGAUACAGCUCUCUGUUUGGGAUCAGCCGGUAGAUCUGAAGGACCGUGGAGAGGAUCUCAACAGGAUUAUAGAAGAUCCUCCACAUAAACGCAAAAAGGAUUCUUUGUCCACAGAGGAUGGUUCUAACUCUCCGUCUGCCGAUGACGAUGAUGCUGAUGAUGAAGAUGAACAUUAUUCAAAAACCAAGAGGAACAAACUGGAGGAACCUGCGGAUGGUAAUGAGGACCUGAGAGAGAGGGCAGGCUCAGAGACAUGUGACUCUCCCCCUCAUCGGACUGUUCUACCCUUAGGGCUCCGCAUCACACACUUCAGGGACAUGCUCCUUGAAAGAGGGGUUUCAGCGUUUUCCACAUGGGAGAAAGAACUGCACAAGAUCGUGUUUGAUCCACGGUAUCUUCUGCUAAACUCUGCAGAGGAGAGGAAACAGGUGUUUGAGCAGUUUGUCAAAGUGAGGAUGAAGGAAGAACACAAGGAGAAACAGAGCAAACUGCUGCAAGCAAAAGACCAGUAUAGAAAACUUCUAGAGGAGUCGAAAAUCACAUCCAGGUCAACUUUCAAAGACUUUUCUGUUAAGUACGGCCGUGACCAGCGCUUCAAGCAAGUGCUGAAGAAGAAAGACCAAGAGCACUUCUUCAACCAAUUCAUCAAUGGGUUAAAGAAGAGAGAUAAAGAGAACCGCAUGAGGCUGAGGAAGAUGAGAUGAGGAGGUAUGAGGCUGAGGAAGAUGAGAUGAGGAGGUAUGAGGCUGAGGAAGAUGAGAUGAGGAGGUAUGAGGCUGAGGAAGAUGAGUUGAGGAAGAUGAGUUGAGGAGGUAUGAGGCUGAGGAGGAUGAGAAGAGGAGGUAUGUGGCUGAGGAAGAUGAGAUGAGGAAGUAUGAGGAUGAGGAAGAUGAGAUGAGGAGGUAUGUGGCUGAGGAAGAUGAGAUGAGGAAGUAUGAGGCUGAGGAAGAUGAGAUGAGGAAGUAUGAGGCUGAGGAAGAUGAGAUGAGGAGGUAUGAGGCUGAGGAAGAUGAGAUGAUGAGGUAUGAGGCUGAGGAAGAUGAGAUGAGGAAGUAUGAGGCUGAGGAAGAUGAGUUGAGGAAGAUGAGAUGAGGAGGUAUGAGGCUGAGGAGGAUGAGAAGAGGAGGUAUGUGGCUGAGGAAGAUGAGAUGAGGAAGUAUGAGGCUGAGGAAGAUGAGAUGAGGAAGUAUGAGGCUGAGGAAGAUGAGAUGAGGAGGUAUGAGGCUGAGGAAGAUGAGUUGAGGAGGUAUGAUGAGGCAUCAGGAUGUGAAAUAGGCCUCUCAGAAUACAGAAUACCAUGAAUGGAUAGAUAGAGCUGUCUGAUAAAUGAGACGGCAGUUUCAUGGGGAACACAAAUGAACAGGUAUCAGGAUCCCUGUGGAAUCAGUCUAAAAGGGGAGAAAGCAGCCGACAGUCAUUUGCCUUGCAAACUCCAACUCUUCUCCAGAUUUACAGUCAGCUGGGUCAGAGAUGGCUUGGCUCCACAUGCUAAGCAGGUAAUCCAGAUAACUCUCAGAAAUGAAAUACUGUUUCAUAUUGAAGCUACUGUAUAUAUUGAAAUUCAACAUUUCUCAUGUUUUGAGUCACAGUGACAAACAUGAAUUGAGCAUCAUUUCUGUAUUUAUUUUGUGUUUUCACAUGACCUGUAUGUAGAUAUCAAUGUGUGUACACAAUCACACAGUCCAAUGCACAAUUAUAAAAGACAUAAUGUACAUAUACAGAAAACAAUCCUGCAAAGCAAUUGGUAUUUUCUAACUAUUUCAAACAAGGUUCUCCACAGCAUCUGUGAGAAUCAAUGGAUGGUAAUUGUGUAUUGAUGGAUUUUGUAAAUGUCCCCCCCCCCAAAAAAAAAAUAUGUUAUGUUUAUUAUGAUGUGGGUUCUUCUUAUGAUGUAAAAGGAUAAGUUAUUGUUGCUUAUUUGUCAUUUAAACCGUGGUUAAUGUGAAAGUCAUACGUAGUGCAUUCUCUGUAACAGUUCGAAGACGUUGUGCAAAGAUUCUAAAGGACUGUUCAUUUGGUUCUGAACAUUGGGAUUUUACAGAUAAUACAGUUUACUGUACAAAACAGUGUCUUUAAAAUGUGUGUUAUAUGUUGUUUUUCUCAUUUAUUUAUUUUAAUUUAAACAUGCAAUGUUUGUGGGAUUGUGAGUUUGAUUAAUUAAAACCUUCUAAAAUGGA